AUGGCACCUGCUGCACCAGGACCCAUGUAUGGCAAGGACGAAAAGGCGCUUUGCUUCCACCACGAAUUGCUCUACGAAGCAAAGGUGCUCGACUCGCGACACACUGAUCAAAAUGACAAGAAAUCUCCUUACGAGUACAAGGUCCACUACAAAGGCUGGAAGAACACAUGGGAUGACUGGGUACCUCAAGACCGCUUGCGCAAGUACAACGACGAGAACCUCGAACUCUCCAAGAACUUGAGACAGGAGAUGAACGCACAGCGCAGAGCUGCAGCAAAACCGAUGACUGCGACCGUGACCAGAAAGCGUGAUCUCAACACUGGCUCUGCUAGAGGCAGCGAGGAAAGGUCAGCUCCUACAGCACAAACCCGUGGAACCAAACGCGGAAGAGAGUAUGAAGGAAUCGACAAGAUCUUCAUGCCCGACAGUCUCAAGGCCAUCCUCGUCGAUGAUUGGGAGAAGGUGACCAGAGAGAACAGACUGGUCCCGCUUCCUUCAAAAACUCCAGUAGCACAAUUCCUAGCAGACUACUCGGCAUCUGAAGGUGCCAAGCGCAGGGAGGGCAGCGCCGAAGCAGAUAUCCUUGAGGAGGUAAUUGCUGGCGUCAAAGAGUACUUCAACAAGAGUAUUGGGCGCAUUCUGCUGUACCGCUUUGAGCGCCCUCAGUGGUCCGACAUCCAUGCUCAGCUUAACAAGGGAACCGGAGACUUGACAGGCAAACUCCCUACUGACAUCUACGGAGCCGUGAGCCGUCUUCGCGAGGAGCUGCACAAGAUGACCCAAUGGCUCAGCAAGAACGCAGGCAGUUAUUUGUCUCAGGAGUACGAGCAACCUACUCAAGACUACAUUGACCGUGUCAAAUAG